AUGGUGAACAUAGUGAAUUGCUACAUGUCCUUGCUACAAAAGACAAUGAAGUUAGCUGGAAUGCGACCCAAAAAGUUGGAGAUAGAGCCAGGAACAACCAUUCAUUUUUGGGUUAACAGCAACAAGACGAAGAAAAAGAAGAAUAAAAAGCCUCUUGUUCUUAUCCAUGGUUUCGCCGGCAAUGGCCUAAUAACAUGGAGUUUCCAAAUCUUAGCCCUAAGAAAAAAGUAUGACCUUUAUAUACCUGACCUUGUUUUCUUUGGUGAAUCCUAUACAACAACCAAAAGUACCGAGGUAACUCCAAGAUUUCACGCGGAUUAUUUUGCAAAAGGGCUAAGGAAGUUGGGUGUUGAAGAGAAAUGUGUGGUAAUAGGGUUUAGUUAUGGUGGGUUUGUUGCGUUCCAAAUGGCUGAACACCACCCUGACCUGGUGUACUCGAUCGUGGCGAUCGGCACGGUUUCGGCUUUGUCCGAGUCCCUUAGCCGUGAGUGUUCGGAACAGGUCGGAGGUCGUCCUUGGUCGGAGUAUUUGGUCCCACAAUCUGCCGAAGAUGUCAAGGUUCUUUUUGAUAUUUCUUUUCAUAGAUUGCCUCGGAUGCCUAAAUUCUGCUAUAAACACUGGCUUGAGAGCAUGUAUGACCAUAGGAAGGAGAAAGUUGAUUUAUUAGAGGCUGCUUUGAUCAAAGAUGAAGAUGUUCCUAACCAUCAAUUUAAGCAGAAAAUUCACCUACUAUGGGGCACUGAAGACAGAGUUUUCAACCUGGAAGUGGGAAUAGCACAAAAAAAGAAAUUGGGCGGCACGACUGAAUUGCAAAUUAUAACGAAUGCAGGUCACCUAGUUCAAUUGGAAAGGCCGUGCGCCUUCAACAAAUGCCUCAAAAAUAUACUGGACUCCUUGGCUAUUGACAAGAGAUUGACAACUUAACAAACUU